AUGAAUCAGGAAGUAGCGACCGAGACAGAGGCUUCAGAAGUUGCAGAAGCAGCUUCUGCAACCAACGCAGACGCUGAGGGGCAUGAAGAAGCCACAAACAGUGAAGUGGAAGCGACUGCUGGCGACACCGAUGUUGAAGAAGCAACAACGCUUACUGAUGAAAGUACACCCGAAGAGAUGGCAGAAGUGGCUGAUAGCGAUGCUGAAGAAGCCGAUGCCGCUGAUGAAACCCUACCUGAAGAGGUCGUAGAAGUAGUCGUUGCGGAUGCUGAUACUGAAGGAGCAGCAACGUCCACUGAUGAAACCACCUCUGAAGAGGUAGCGGCAGCGGCAGCACCGGAAGAACCAGCAGAAUCAAUGAGUCCGGAAUCCCUUGAGGAAGCGUAUGAUAAUUCGAUUAAGGCGUUUACAGAUGGCGAAAUUGUUAAAGGUAUCGUCGUAGAUGUCACUCGCGAUGAAGUAAUGAUCGACAUCGGCUUUAAGUCGGAAGGUUAUAUCCCAUCAUCCGAAUUCGAUGCAGGACAAGGCGAUUUGCCUGCUGUUCAGGCAGGCGAUGAGAUCGAUGUCUAUAUUGUGCGGCGCGAAGAUUCGGAAGGACAGAUAGUCCUUUCGAAAAAGAUCGCCGAUCAAACACUCAUUUGGGAUGAAAUAGCGGCCGCGUUCGAAACGGGUACACCCGUCAAGGGCCGUAUCACUGAACGGAUUAAGGGCGGGCUACGAGUGAGCGUUGGAUCCCUGCGAGGUUUUUUACCGGCUUCGCAAGUUGAGUUGCGUCCUAUCCAGAAUCUUGAACAGUAUGUAGGACAAACGCUUGAUAUGAAGGUUAUCAGCCUGAGCAAGCGGCGGCAUAACAUUGUUCUGUCGCGGCGAGCAUGGUUGGAAGCCGAAUUUGUCCAAAGACGUUCGGAAGUGCUCAGCACACUUGAAGUUGGCCAACACGUGGCAGGAGUGGUGAAAAACAUCACUGCUUUUGGUGCUUUUGUUGACCUUGGUGGCGUUGAUGGGUUACUUCACAAGACAGAUAUGGCAUGGAAGCGGAUACAUCAUCCAUCUGAUGUCGUUGCUGUUGGAGAAGAAAUUGAAGUCCAAGUCAUCGGUAUCAACCAAGAAAAUGAGAAAAUCUCCUUGGGCUUGAAGCAGAAAACUCCCGAUCCAUGGGCAGAGAUUGAGGAAAAAUAUCCCAUUGGCUCCACGGUUCACGGUGCUGUUGUUAAUAUUGUCAAUUAUGGUGCGUUCCUACAGCUUGAAGAGGGUGUUGAAGGCUUAAUUCAUGUCUCUGAGAUGGCAUGGACUCGCCGUAAUGUCGCGCCAUCGCGGAUUGUCAAUAAGGGUGAUGACAUUGAAGCCGUUGUACUUGAGAUCUCAAGAGAGGACAAACGUAUUUCACUUGGGCUCAAGCAGCUGAAACAAAACCCUUGGGAACUUUUAGAAGAGAGAUCCCCUGUCGGCAGUAAGAUCAUUGGACGUAUCCGAAAUUUAACCAGUUUUGGUGCGUUUGUUGAAAUUGAACCAGGAAUUGACGGUUUUAUAAUUCAUACUUCAGACCUCUCAUGGACCAAACGUGGUACUGCAGCCAAUGAAGAGCUUAAAGAAGGCAGUGAGAUUGAGGUAGUCGUGUUGCAAAUUGACGCGGCUGAACGUCGAGUUUCAUUGGGACUCAAGCAGACACAGCCGGAUCCAUGGGCAGAAGUACCCGAGAAGUACAAGGUUGGUUCCGUCGUCCGAGGCAAAGUCGUCAAUCUUACAAGUUUUGGAGCAUUCACCAAACUUGAGGAAGGCAUCGAAGGCUUAAUUCACAUUUCUGAACUCGCAGACCGGCGGAUUGAAAAACCAGAAGAGGUCGUUUCCGUAGGCGACGAGUUAGAUUUAAAAGUGAUUAAUCUGUCUCCAAAAGACCGACGGAUCGGGCUGAGUUUGAAGGCACUCCUUGUCGAGCAAGAACGUGCUGUGGUAACUGAAGAAGAACAGCCGACGAGAACGCGAUCCGAGCGACCGCCUCGAUCACGGCGAGAACGGGAACCGCGGCGGCAAAUGCCAGCACACGAAGAGGCUGUCACCACAUUAGGGGCAUUGCUCAAAGAGGAGAUGGGUAAGUCAAACGCAGAGAGUUCUGAGGAAGUCGCAAGUGUGGAGAACUCCGAAGACGUAGCGAAUGCGGAGAGUUCUGAGGAAGUCGCAAGUGUGGAGAACUCCGAAGACGUAGCGAAUGUGGAGAGUUCUGAGGAAGUCGCAAGUGCGGAGAACUCCGAAGACAUCGCGAACGUAGAAAACCCUGAAAACGCGGAGAACUCUGAAAAUUAA